UCUUCGGCUUCACGUGAUGGUAUAAUGAAAAACCAGGGAAUGUCUUUCAAGUUGAUGCUGGAGGAGUCCGAUGGACCCGCCGACUUUGAAACAGCCAUCUCCGCUACGGGACUCGGCAAAUUCAAUCUUCUCCUGCUGCUCAUCGCCAUACCGUCCGGAUGGGCCCAAGUCUUCGACACGAAAGCAAUGUCCUACGUCUCACCGGUCGCCCAGUGCGAUCUGCAACUCACGCUCGAGAACAAAGGACUCUUAAAUGCCAUCACCUACAUAGGUAUAUUGUCGAGCGGUUUCAUAUGGGGAUUCCUGGCGGAUUCUUACGGAAGGAAAAAGCUUCUGGUCGCGUGCUACCUGCUGGACACCGUCUUCAUACUGUCCGCUGGCAUCUCGCAGAGCUUCACGAUGCUGCUGAUCUCCAAGUAUUUCGCAGGUUUCAUAAUGAACGGACCGACGGCCAUCCUCAUCUCGCUUCUUUCCGAGUUCCACAGUUCGACGCACCGGGCCAGAUUCUUCCUCUGCCAGGGCCUCUUCAGCAACAUGGCCAACGUGAUAUUACCGGUGAUGGCGUGGUUUUUCUUCAAGCAGAACCUGGACGUCGUCAUCGAAGGCCUCGAGUUGCACAAUUGGAAUUUUUAUAUUCUUCUGUCGGCGCUUCCGAGCGUCAUAAGCGGAUUCGCUCAUCUGCUGCUGCCGGAAAGCCCGAAAUUCCUGAUGUCGGUGGGAAGGAACGAGGAAGCCAUGGAUGUCUUCAGGAAGGUGUACUCUUGGAACACGGGAGAGGAUCCGGAGAGUUAUCCGAUCAAGGUGUUGGUGGAUGAAACGGAUAGCAAAACGGACGUGGAAAACAACAAUUCGGAUGUGAAGGAUGUGAAGGCGAGCGGCGGCGGGUUCAAGGAGAAGGCCUGGAACGUCGUCUCGUUGUUCUGCCCGCCGCACCUGUGGAUCAUAAUCUUCCUGUCGGCCGUUCAGAUGGGCUACAAGAUGGGCCUGAACUCGCUGAAGAACUGGCUGCCACAGCUGUUCACCGCGAUGAACGAUUUCGUCGAGGCGAACGGUCGCAACGGCGAGUUCUGCAUGGUGCUCGACACGAUGGCACACAAUCACAAGAACGUCUCAGCCGAUUGCGUCGUCAAUUACAACAACAGCGACGUCUACACGAACCUGAUGAUCGUCCAGUCGGCGAACAUCUUCAGCUUCCUGCUCACCGGUUGGGUCAUCAACAGGCUUGGUAACAAGAACCUGUUCAUCAUAUUGGGCGCCAUCUCCGGCGCGUGCGGCGGUGCCAUCUACUUCGCAACGAAUAGCGUAACAGUUGUAGUUCUGUCCACCGUCCUGACCGCGGUGUCCGCAGUCAACGCGGUCGUCUUCAACGUGAGCGUCGUCGAACUGCUGCCCACCCGUCUGCGGACGAUGGCCAUCUCUCUAACAAGACUCAUCGGCCUGGUGGAAACUAUCGUCGGCAACAUGAUAUUCCCGUACCUGCUCAAGUCCGGCUGCGCCCCGCCCUUCCUCUACGUGGGCAUCAUCACCGUAGGCUGCUCAUUCAUAGCCCUGUUCCUGCCCAAAGAGAAAAAUCUCGCCUGAAAAACUAACGCUCGCGAUCUUCGCACAACCCAAUAUACUCAUCAUAUAUUUAUUUUUUUUAGCCUUAAUUGUUUUUUUUGUUACUUUCUUUUAAUUGUUACCACAAAUGUUUGCAAGUUUUAUUUGUCUGUUGUUCUCUGUUCCGUUCUCGUCGAUCUAUUUAUAUCGAAUCGAUACUGCAAAUAAAUCUACAUUUUUAUACUA